AUGGGAGAUAGAAAAGGAGAUGUUAGAGUAUAUCUCAUCUCUGGAAUUUUCUUGGCAUGCACCAUUGGAGGAGGGAUCUUUCUUUGUAUGUACAUAAUAUUGCCAAAUUCAACAUUUGCACGAUUCUAUCUCAUUGCUGGCAUGACCUUGGUUGCCAUCCCAUGGUUCUGUUGGCUUCUAAUCUAUUUGUAUAGAUGCUUUGAUCACAUCAAUGCCAAAUUUGAUGAACACCAUGAUCAUGGUCGUUAUCAUAAUCAUGAUCAUGAAGAUGUGAGGACACCAAAACAUGCACCAACAACUGCUGUUACCAACUCUUGUGAAAAAAACCCUAUCAAUUCUCCUGUUGGAGAAGACCGCCAUGUUCAUUUUGGAGCAGUUAUUGAGAUAGACAAUGAAGGCCAAGAACACCAUCAUGAAGAUGUUGCUAACAAGUCACAACAUGAGUACGAGGAAGAAAAGGGUAAUGGUUAA